AUGGGAGCUAUAGGACUCCUAUGGCUGCUGCUACCGCUGCUUCCAGCGGCAGCUUCGGGCUCCGGGACCGGGACGGGGACCGGAAUCGGCCAGCUCGUGGGCUCACCAGCCGUGGGGCCGGCGCUGCAGCCCCGGGAGCCGCUCAGCUACUCGCGCCUGCAGAGGAAGAGCCUUGCCGUGGACUUCGUGGUGCCCUCGCUCUUCCGCGUCUAUGCCCGGGACCUGCUGCUGCCGCCGCCGUCCUCCUCGGAGCCGAGGGCCGGCCGGCUGGAGGCGCGCGGCUCGCUGGCUCUCGACUGCGCCCCACUGCUUAGGCUGCUGGGGCCACUGCCGGGGGUCUCCGGCUCGCCUGCCCCGGCCCCGGCACGGACGCUGUCCAGGGUGCUGAAGGGCGGCUCCGUUCGCAAGCUCAGGCGCGCUAAGCAGCUGGUGCUGGAGCUGGGAGAGGCGGCGAUCCUUGAGGGCUGCGCCGGGCCCCCAGAGGAGGCUGCUGCGGGGCUGCUCCAAUUCAACCUCAGCGAGCUGUUCAGCUGGUGGAUUCGCCACGGCGAAGGGCGGCUGAGGAUCCGCCUGAUGCCUGAGAAGAAGGCGUCGGAAGUGGGCAGAGAGGGAAGGCUGUCCGCGGCGAUCCGUGCUUCCCAGCCCCGCCUUCUCUUCCAGAUCUUUGGGACCGGUCACAGCUCCUCGGAAUCACCGACAAACCUGCCUUCUCUUCCUCCUGAUUCUGUUGCAUGGAAUCUGACCUGGAUAAUGAAAGAUUCCUUCCCUUUCCUGUCUCAUCGCAGUCGAUAUGGUCUGGAGUGCAGCUUUGACUUCCCCUGUGAGCUGGAGUAUUCUCCUCCAUUGCAUGACCUCGGGAACCAGAGCUGGUCCUGGCGCCGCGUCCCCUCUGAGGAGGCCUCCCAGAUGGACCUGUUGGACGGACCCGAGGCAGAGCAUUCCAAGGAGAUGCCCAGAGGCUCCUUCCUCCUCCUCAACACCUCAGCAGACUCCAAGCACACCAUCCUGAGCCCGUGGAUGAGGAGCAGCAGCGAGCACUGCAGGCUGGCCGUCUCAGUGCACAGGCACCUGCAGCCCUCUGGGAGGUACAUCGCCCAGCUGCUGCCCCACAACGAGGCUGGAAGAGAGAUCCUCCUGGUACCCACUCCGGGGAAGCAUGGUUGGACAGUGCUGCAGGGAAGAAUUGGGCGCCCAGAGAACCCAUUCCGAGUGGCCCUGGAAUACAUCUCAAGUGGAAAUCGAAGCUUGUCUGCAGUGGACUUCUUUGCCCUGAAGAACUGCAGUGAAGGAACGUCCCCGGGCUCCAAGAUGGCCUUGCAGAGUUCCUUCACUUGCUGGAACGGGACAGUCCUCCAGCUCGGGCAGGCCUGCGACUUCCACCCGGACUGCACCCAGGGAGAAGACGAGGGCCAGCUGUGCAGUAAACUGCCUGCUGGUUUUUACUGCAACUUCGAGGAUGGCUUCUGUGGCUGGACCCAAGGUGCAAUCUCGUCCCACAUGCCCCGGUGGCAGGUCAGGACCCUAAAGGAUGCCCGGUUCCAGGACCACCAAGGCCACUCCCUGUUGCUCAGCACCACUGACGUCCCCACUUCUGAAAGUGCUACAGUGACCAGCGCUACAUUUCCCGCACCGAUGAAGAGCUCUCCGUGUGAGCUCCGAAUGUCCUGGCUCAUCCGUGGAGUCUUAAGGGGAAACGUCUCCUUGGUGCUGGUGGAAAACAAAACCGGGAAGGAACAAAGCAGAAUGGUCUGGCAUGUGGCCACCAAUGAAGGCUUGAGCCUGUGGCAGUGGACAGUGCUGCCUCUCCUCGAUGUGGCCGACAGGUUCUGGCUGCAGAUUGUCGCAUGGUGGGGACAAGGAUCCAGAGCCACCGUGGCUUUUGACAAUAUCUCCAUCAGCCUGGACUGCUACCUCACCAUCAGUGGGGAGGACGAGACGCCACAGAAUACAGCACCCAAAUCAAGAAAUCUGUUUGAGAGAAACUCAAACAAGGAGCCGAAACCCUGGGAAAAUACACCAAGAGAGACCCCCAUCUUUGACCCUACAGUUCACUGGCUCUUCACCACAUGCGGGGCCAGCGGGCCCCACGGCCCUACACAGGCCCAGUGCAACAACGCCUACCGAAACUCCAACCUGAGCGUGGUGGUAGGAAGCGAGGGCCCCCUGAAGGGCAUCCAGACCUGGAAGGUUCCAGCCACUGACACCUACAGCAUCUCGGGCUAUGGAGCCGCCGGCGGGAAAGGCGGGAAGAACACCAUGAUGCGGUCCCACGGCGUGUCUGUGCUGGGCAUCUUCAACCUGGAGAAGGACGACACACUGUACAUCCUGGUCGGGCAACAGGGGGAAGACGCCUGCCCCAGCACAAACCGAUUAAUCCAGAAAGUCUGCAUUGGAGAGAACAACGUGAUAGAAGAAGAAAUCCGCGUGAACAGAAGCGUGCACGAGUGGGCAGGAGGGGGCGGAGGAGGGGGCGGGGCCACCUACGUGUUUAAGAUGAAGGAUGGCGUGCCAGUGCCCCUGAUCAUUGCAGCCGGCGGUGGCGGCAGGGCCUAUGGGGCCAAGACAGACACGUUCCACCCAGAGAGGCUGGAGAAUAACUCCUCGGUUCUGGGGCUCAACGGCAAUUCUGGAGCCGCAGGCGGCAACGCAGCCUCAAACAAUGACCCCGAGGUGGAUGGGGAGGAUGGGGUUUCCUUCAUCAGUCCGCUGGGCAUCCUCUACACCCCGGCUUUAAAAGUGAUGGAGGGCCACGGGGAAGUGAAUAUUAAGCAUUACCUAAACUGCAGCCACUGUGAGGUAGACGAGUGCCACAUGGACCCCGAGAGCCACAAGAUCAUCUGCUUCUGUGACCACGGGACAGUGCUGGCCGAGGACGGCGUCUCCUGCAUCGUCUCGCCCACCCCGGAGCCCCACCUGCCACUCUCGCUGAUCCUCUCCGUCGUGACCUCUGCCCUCGUGGCCGCCCUCGUCCUGGCUUUCUCCGGCAUCAUGAUCGUGUAUCGCCGGAAGCACCAGGAGCUGCAGGCCAUGCAGAUGGAGCUGCAGAGCCCCGAGUACAAGCUGAGCAAGCUCCGCACCUCGACCAUCAUGACCGACUACAACCCCAACUACUGCUUCGCUGGCAAGACCUCCUCCAUCAGUGACCUAAAGGAGGUGCCGCGGAAAAACAUCACCCUCCUUCGGGGUCUGGGCCAUGGCGCAUUUGGGGAGGUGUACGAAGGUCAGGUAUCUGGAAUGCCCAACGACCCGAGCCCCCUACAAGUGGCUGUAAAGACGCUGCCUGAAGUGUGUUCCGAACAGGACGAACUGGAUUUCCUCAUGGAAGCCCUGAUCAUCAGUAAAUUCAAUCACCAGAACAUCGUGCGCUGUAUUGGGGUGAGUCUGCAAGCCCUGCCCCGGUUUAUCCUGCUGGAGCUCAUGGCGGGAGGAGACCUCAAGUCCUUCCUCCGGGAGACCCGCCCUCGCCCGAAUCAGCCCUCCUCCCUCGCCAUGCUGGACCUUCUGCACGUGGCUCAGGACAUCGCCUGUGGAUGUCAGUAUCUAGAGGAAAAUCACUUCAUCCACCGGGACAUCGCUGCCAGAAACUGCCUCUUGACAUGUCCAGGCCCUGGAAGAGUGGCCAAGAUUGGAGACUUUGGAAUGGCCCGAGACAUCUACAGAGCGAGCUACUACCGAAAGGGAGGCUGUGCAAUGCUGCCUGUCAAAUGGAUGCCCCCAGAGGCCUUCAUGGAAGGAAUAUUUACUUCUAAAACAGACACAUGGUCCUUCGGAGUGCUGCUGUGGGAAAUAUUCUCUCUUGGAUAUAUGCCGUACCCCAGCAAAAGCAACCAGGAAGUUCUGGAGUUCGUCACCAGCGGAGGACGGAUGGACCCACCUAAGAACUGCCCUGGGCCCGUAUACCGGAUAAUGACCCAGUGCUGGCAACAUCAGCCUGAAGACAGGCCCAACUUUGCCAUAAUUUUGGAGAGGAUUGAAUACUGUACCCAGGUAUAA